GCAGACUGGCAGUACACACACACACACACACACACACACACACACGUGUUAGUUUCAGCAAUGGAUGGCUCUGCUCAGACUCAGAUGAAAUACUCUAAUGGGGUAAAGGAAGAUGAAAAAGUAGAUGAAGCAGCUGGAGCCAAUCCAAGUCCAGGCUCCUGUUUGGAGAGAAUCCGGAGCGGCAUCCCCCCGGUUUAUCGACAUGAGCUGGUGCAACUUUGCAAACUGGCAGGACCAGUGAUCAUUUCCCAGACGAUGGUGUUUAUGAUCAGCUUCAUCAGCACAGUGUUCUGUGGUCACCUGGGGAAAACUGAACUUGCAGCAGUAGCAUUAUCCAUCGCGGUGGUUAACGUCACUGGCAUUUCCAUUGGAACUGGUUUGUCAUUAACAUGCGAUACCCUCAUAUCUCAGACAUAUGGGAGCGGUAACAUGAAGCGUGUGGGUGUGAUUCUCCAGAGGGGGAUUCUGAUUCUGCUCAUGGCCUGUUUCCCCUGCUGGGCCGUUCUCAUCAACACUGAACCUCUACUACUCGCUGUCAGACAGAGCCCAGAGGUCGCCAGUCUCUCGCAGCUGUAUGUGAAGAUCUUCAUGCCUUCGCUGCCGGCAGCGUUCAUGUACCAGCUGCAAGGAAGAUAUCUUCAGAAUCAGGGAAUUAUAUGGCCUCAGGUUAUAACUGGAGCUGUGGUAAAUGUCCUCAAUGCUUUAAUCAACUACGUCUUCCUCUUUCUUCUGGAUCUGGGUGUUGCUGGAUCUGCAGCAGCCAAUGCCAUCUCUCAGUAUUUCCUCGCUGGGAUCUUGUUCAUUUACAUCAGUGUGAAGGGUCUACACAAGGCCACAUGGGGAGGUUGGUCCCUGGACUGUCUGCAGGAGUGGGGACCUUUCAUCAAGUUGGCCAUUCCCAGUAUGCUCAUGCUGUGUCUGGAGUGGUGGAUGUUUGAGAUCGGAGGAUUCUUGGCUGGAGUGAUCAGUGAGACGGAGCUGGGAGCUCAGUCGGUCGGGUAUGAGCUGGCUGUUGUCGCUUACAUGAUUCCUCUGGGAUUCUCCGCUGCUGCCAGUGUACGUGUUGGAAAUGCUCUCGGUGCAGGAAACAUAGAGCAAGCCAAGUUGUCAUGUAAAGUUCCCAUCGUCUGUGCAUUCAUGAUUGCAUGCGUCGUGGCGCUUUGCCUCAGCAUGGCCAAAGAUGUUGUUGGAUACGUUUUCACCACAGAACAGGACAUUCUACAGAGGGUUUCAAGUGUCAUGUUUGUAUUUGGUUUCGUGCACAUUCCUGACGCCGUGGCGGGUGUCGCUGGGGGAGUUCUGAGAGGAGCAGGAAAGCAGUUGAUUGGAGCGCUGUGUAACAUGGUGGGAUACUAUGUCAUUGGCUUCCCUAUUGGCGUCGCCCUGAUGUUUGCAGCAGACAUGGGGAUUGUAGGGUUUUGGGCAGGAACUUGCAUUUGUGUGGUAAUGCAGUCAGUUUUCUUCAUCACAUAUCUGUCCAAGCUUAAUUGGGAGGAGGCUGCUGAACAGGCUCUUGUGAGAGCAGGAGUCAACGUUACAGAAGAGAAAGGGAUGGAAUUAGAAAACACAGAAGCGAACCACAACGAGAUCAGUGCUGCUGCGUCCAAGUGUGAGAGCACUGACGAGGUUCACCUGUACGACGAGGUGCGCGGUCCAAACCAGAAUAAAAGCACAACUACCACAGUGGGAGACGUCCUCUCAGUAAGACAACUGGUUUUACGGCGUGGAUUUGCAUGUCUGAUUAUGGUUGCCAUCCUCGUUGUCGCAAUUUUGGUCAACAUCUUCCUCCUCAGGCUCCUGAAAUGAAUCCUGGGAUGAGUUGUGUGCUUUGAUAGGUUAACUGCAAAUGACCUUGAACCUGGAAAGGGUUAAUUGUGCUGCUACUUCCAUGUGUGUGUGUCACUCUACCAUAAAUUCCACAUCGCUGGAAUGUUAAAGUGACAGUUGUCCCGUUAUAAAUUCGUCUCAUCUCCACAUAGAAUCUUUGGAGCUCAGCCUGUGUGAUCGUCAUUUAUCAAACUAAAGCUCCCCCCAGACUGCUCGGUUUAAAAUGUCUUCCUUUAAGAAGGCUACGGUGAAUACAGCAUCAUUGUCUUUGCAGCCUCUUCUCAGAUCUGUUCCUCUGGCAAACAAGCAAACAUCUAAGAGAUGUCACACAAACCUGAUUCAUAAACCACUGAAGAAGGAGGAGCAAAGGACAGAGACAGACAAAAGAUUGGGGAGGGUCUUGAGAGUGUUUGCAUCAGUUUUGGUUUGUAAAGGCCACUGUAGUUCCCUGAUGCACUUGGGAAUGGGAGGAGUUAGUGCAGGAGUCCUCCAUGUUACAGUUUGCACUCUCACCCUUAGAUAUCGUUACGUCUUAGUCUCUGAAACCUUCAAGCGUCAUAGCAAUACUUACGUCACUACCACUUUUCAGUAUUUUUCUUUUUAGUGAAUUUGCAAAACCUUUUUUUUCGUGUAGUGAAUGAGGGGAAAAAUACUUUCAAAAUGCACUAUAAUAUUCAAUAAUCACAAAACUGCACAACUGAUACAUAGAUCACUUUUGAAAACAUGCAAUCUUGUUAUGUCUUCAAAGAGUUUUUGCUGUUGUCAAUAUGUUGAGUCAUGACUUUUGUAUGAGUCAAGCAUCAUGUGUAUUUAACACUAAAUGCAAUAAUCUCUGUUAUGACAAUUAUAUAAAAGUGAAGAGAGAGUUCUUCCUGUGGAUUAUAUGCUGUAUGUAUAAAUGAGUAUGCCAAUGUGCAAGGCAGGACUUAUGCCUUCAUCUCAGUCUACCUUGAAUUAAACCUUCUCUUUUGUUUCAAUCA